AUGAGCAGUUCCUGUGUGACUCUGGCUGAGGUCCUGCAGCUGAAGGGAAGCCCUUUGGAGGAGGAAGAUAUAUGGGCUCUCUUACAUCUGGGCGCAGAAAAUCUUCUCCAGGACCUGCCCAAAGAUCCACUUAUCCAUGUGAUUUGCCCAUGGUCAAUGGUACUUUCAGCCAGAGGAAGAUUGUCUUUCCAAGACAAUGUGUCUCACCAAGAGGCUGCCCCUUUCAGAGCACCAGAACUGCUCCAUGGACAGAGUAAAAACAAGCAUGUUGGAUUGACAAAGAUGCUGGUGUAUUCUUUGGGAAUGACCCUCUAUUGGUCAGCAGACUAUCAGGUUCCUCCAAACCAGUCCCUUCAGCUGAGUGAUCAGUUACAUGCCCUGCUGCUAAAGCUGUGUGAAGAUCUGCCGCAUAAAAGACUUUCCCCAGAAUCCAUUUUGGAGGCAUGUGAAGUGCACCAGAAGGAAUCUUCCUCUUCUCCUGCAAGUGUUUACAUCCAGAGAAUGGUCAAAUUUGUGCUAGGAAGCAUCACUGAGACUAAAAAAGGGAAAUCCUAUUUGUCUCAAAGGGACCUCAGUGUGAUUCUGCUCAGUGGGCAGUGCCUCGAGGUGAAAUGUGACAUCAAGUCGAAGGCGAGAGAUGUUUUCAAUACGGUCGUGGCCUACGCAAACCUGGUGGAACAUUUCUACUUCGGCUUAGCUUACCUGAAAGGUAAAGAGUUUUUCUUUUUGGACGAUGAGACCAAACUCUACAAAGUGGCCCCAGAGGGCUGGAAUGACCAACCCAAGAAGAAAACCUUCAUCAUUAACUUCACGCUCUUUCUGAGGAUAAAAUUCUUCGUCAACCACUUUAACGUCAUCCAACAUGGGCUGACAAGGCAUCAGUUUUACCUGCAGCUUCGUAAAGAUAUUCUGGAGGAGCGGCUGUACUGCAAUGAUGAGACCUCCCUGCAGUUAGGUGCUUUAGCCUUGCAGGCAGAACUUGGAAAUUAUGCUCCUGAGAUGCAUGGGAAGAACUAUUUUCGCGUUGAAGACUACGUUCCCGCGAGCCGGAUAGAGAAAAUGACCCUGGCAUGCAUACAGCGAGAACUUGCCAAACUGCACCGCAUGAACCACUCCCUCUUUGAAGAUGAAGCCGAGCUGGAAUUUUUAAGGGUGACUCAGCAACUCCCGGAAUAUGGGGUGCUGUUCCAUCGGGUGUCCCAAGAGAAGAAGGCAACCGGAGGGGACACCGUUCUGGGAAUCUGUGCCAAGGGCAUCAUUGUGUACGAGAUGAAAAACCACACCAGAAUUGCCAGUUUAAGAUUUCAAUGGAGGGAAAUGGAGAGGAUUUCAGCUCAAAGAAGAAAGUUCAUGAUCGAAAGCAACUUCAGUGGCAAAAAACACACGUUCGUCACCGACACAGCAAAGACUUGUAAAUAUAUACUGGACCUCUGCUCUGCCCAGCACAAAUUUAAUGCCCAGAUGCAUUCCAGGCAGCUUCAGCAAGCUUCUUCUGAGGACAGCAAGUUUAUGGAAAUAGUCAAAUCAAAUUCUGCUUAUGCAACUCAGCACGAACAUCUUGCCCUGAUUCAGAGACUGUCCUGCUCAGAAAAUGUGCUGUAUGGGGCCAACCUGGAGCACAUGUCUGCUGGGAUGAUGAGCAAGUCUUGCGAUAACCUCAGUGUGGAAACCAACAAUGGGAUCGGGGACAAAAGCAAUCUAGGCAGCUCCCACUCUGGAUUGUCCCAGUCAGAAGUACACAUUAGUUUGAAUGAAAAUCGACAGAGUUAUGACUAUCUCUCUAUCCAUUCAACACCGAAUACAGCCAGCACCCCAAGUUCCCCAAUCAACCAAAGAGAGAAUGCGCUGGCUGGAUUAGAAAGAGAAAUCAUUUGUGUCACCUUAAAACGAGAUCCUAAAAAUGGCUUUGGUUUUGUAAUUAUUGGAGGAGAAAAUGUGGGGAAAUUAGACCUCGGAAUAUUUAUCGCAUCAAUUAUCCCCGGGGGACCUGCAGACAGAGCGGGGCAUAUCAAACCAGGGGGACGACUCAUCUCCGUGAAUAAUGUUAGCCUCGAGGGUGUUUCUUUUAAUACUGCGGUUAAAAUUAUACAGAAUUCUCCUGAUGACGUGGAACUGAUCAUCUCUCAACCCAAAGACGUAUCUGAAGAAGGACUGAAUGAGGAGAAGAAUUUGUCAAGAAAAAACAGCACUAGUGGGUCUGAGAUCUCUUGUGCAGGCAGUGGAAGAAAAAGGAUUCAAGACUGUCAUACAGCACCUUCCAAAGAAGUAGACAUAAAUACAGAUGAACUCGAGAAGGUUCUUUCUUGGAAUUUAGCACCAAAAUUGGGUCCCAAGAUUCCUGUUCUUUCGGUUGACAGCCUGGAUAUGGAGGAAGCCAACUCCUCUCACUUUCCACCAUCUGCCGAAAGCAAUUCAGAUGAAAUCUAUUCUGUGGAGUUGGUUAAAGAAGACGGGACUCUUGGAAUCAGUGUGACUGGUGGGAUCAACACUAGUGUGCGUGAUGGUGGAAUAUACGUGAAGUCAGUUAUCCCCAGAGGACCAGCUGAUAAGGAUGGACAAAUAAAAAAAGGUGAUCGGCUGCUGGAGGUGGACGGGAUCAGCCUCUGUGGCAUCACGCACAAGCAGGCUGUGGAAUGCCUGAAGAAAUCUGGCCAGGUUGUCAGGCUGCUUUUAGAAAGGGGACGUCACAAAUCUGCAGAGCCGUGUCCAGCUGCUAAAGACAGAAUGGAGGAGAAAUCUGUGAUCGUUUCCUUGGCAACGCCCUUGUCAGCCGGUCCCAACGGCUACUCCUUUGCAACAGAUGGUGAGCGGUUUGAAGUCAAGCUGACGAAGAACUCCGGAGGCCUCGGCUUCAGUUUUCUGCAGAUGGAAAGAGAGGCUUGCGAACACCUCGGAGGAGAGAUUGUGAGGAUCAAAAGACUGUUUCCAGGGCAGCCAGCUGAAGAGAAUGGAGAGAUUGAAGUCGGAGACGUCAUUUUAGCUGUUAAUGAGAAACCUAUUCAAGGACUCUCGUAUCAGGAUGUCCUGCACUUGCUGAGAGGAGCUCCUCGACAAGUCACGCUUCUUCUCUGCAGGCCUCCGAAAGGUCUUCUUCCAGAAAUAGACCAGAGCGCACUGACCCCAGUGCCUUCUCCGGUUAAGGAGUUUGGGACCGUGACACCAGCUACCCCAGAGCCCAGCGGUGGUGCAGCUCAUGCUGCUAGCGAGAGGGACAGUACUUCUCCAGAACUGGAAGACCAUAUGGAUUCUGAAGCAGUGGCCUCUUGCGGUGACCCUCCUGAGGAGGAGAACUUGUCUCCUGAGGAGCAGGGCACGGAACCUUCCCAAGAGAAGCCACGUGACAGGCCUGGAGCCCACAGUGAGCACUCCUACAAGCACCUCUGGAAAUGGCGUCGGGAAGCCAUUGCCUCUGAGAUGUUCCUGUCUCUGGAGGAAGAGGUGAUGCAGAACUGCUAUUCACCAUGUGAGAGCGGAAGCGCUGAAAGCCCUGCCUUUGAGAGGAGUGAUGAUGACCUCACCAGCACCUAUUGCGUCCCUGACAUUCUCUCCCCCACCCCUAUCGAUAAGGAAUAUCUCACGCUCAGCUCCACGUCUCUGACCUCGCUCUCAUGUGGCGGGAGCUCAGACACAGCCUCCACCACUAUCGCCACCCCGCAGCCACGUGACCCUUUCUCGGCACCCUUCCCUGCUAGAGAACCAGGCAAUAGUGACAACGAGUGGGAAGACUUUGAGGAACUAGAGCGAGAGGAGAAGGAAGAGGAAUAUACCAGGGAAACGGAGGUGCUCGUCACUGUGACAAGAUCGGAGAACAAUUGUUAUGGAUUCACGGUGGUUCCUAACAAACUGGACAACUGCCUGUAUGUGGAGGAAAUCCUGGCUGAGCCUGCCCUGUCUGAUGGAAGACUGAGAAGAGGGGACAGACUCAUUAUGGUGAACGGAGUUGAUGUCACAGCAUUCUCCUUUGAUGAAACCCUGGCGUUGCUGCACAGCUCUUCUCCCGAUUUGAGCCUGGUGGUUGGCCGGGUUAACGAGGACCCCCAUGCCUCUGUUAGACCAGAUGAGAUUCCUGAAAUCACCCUCACAAAAGGCGACAAUGGACAACUGGGCUUGAAGUUAACAGGAGGAGCCGGGAGCAAAUUGCAGGGUAUCUACGUGCUUGAGAUCGUGCCAGGCUCUCCCGCCAGUAUAGAAGGCAGCUUGCAGCCACGGGAUCAGAUUGUCUACAUCUGCGGGCUAUGGACGGAGGGCCUCAGCCUGGACGAUGCAGUGCGAGUGUCAAAGCACUCGGAGGAAGAAAGUGGUGGUGUUGAGCAAAGCACAUCUGACUCAGCAGAUUAUGAGGACUGCAUCAUUAAGAUUGAGCUGGAGAAAACUGCCAACGGGAGCCUGGGAUUUGCGCUGGUAGGUGGCAGAAAUGGCCGGGCUAUUCUAAUUAAAGCCAUCAGCCCGGGAAGUAUCGCUGAUCUCGACGGGAGGCUUCAAGUGGGUGACAUCUUACUAAAGGUGAAUGGAGAUUUAGUGUCUGGUUUGACGCGCAAUACGGUGAUUGACCUCUUACGCAAGGCUCAAGGCACCGUUCAGCUCACUGUCUGCCGAAGCGCAGCAUUGCAUUGGGCUUAUUCAGGCAGCCAGUGUGAUACUUCUUCCCUCCAGAGCACAACAGCCCAGUCCGAUGAACAAGGUAACGAGGGAAGCCUAGAAGCCGAGCACUCAUUCACUUUCAGAGAAGGGGAAGAGGAAUCCAGCCAGAUGUGCAGCAAGGUGAAGCCUGAGUGGAAUUUCUAG